AUCAAUAACGUCAGAUUAUUGAAACUCUUUACUCGUUUUCGUAAAAAGUAAUACGCGAUAAAUUUUGUCAAGAUGACUGAAACAUCUGUGUCUCCGGCUCCCGUUGAAGAAAAGACUGUUGCCAAGGUCGACGCUCCUAAAAAAGCAGCACCGAAAGCCAGAAAACCAUCGGCCAAACCAACCCAUCCGAGCACUGCUGAUAUGGUUAAAACUGCCAUCAAAACUCUUGGUGAACGUGGAGGUUCAUCUCUUCAGGCCAUCAAAAAGUACAUCGCUGCAACCUACAAGGUCGACGUUGAAAAACAAGCGCCGUUCAUCAAGAAAUUCUUGAAGGGAGCCGUCACCAAGGGAACCCUGGUUCAAACCAAAGGAAAAGGUGCUUCUGGAUCAUUCAAACUUGCCGUCGAAAAAGCUGCAUCCAAACUAAAAGCAACUAGUGUGAAAAAAGCUGCACCGAAGAAACCUGCAGCGGCCAAGAAACCAGCAGUCAAGAAGACUUCCGGUGAAGCCAAAGCUCCAGCCAAGAAAGCCACUGCUCCUAAAAAAGCAGCAGUUAAGAAACCAGCUGCAGCAAAAAAACCAGUAGCUGCCAAAGCACCAGCUAAACCUAAAUCUGCUGCACCAAAGGCCAAGAAAGCAGUCAAAGGUCCAACAGCUAAACCUAAAUCACCUAAACCUAAGAAGGUCGCUGCACCAAAAACACCUAAAGCUGCAGCCAGGAAAGCACCUGCAGUCAGAAAAUAAAUCUUCAAUUCAUCGUUAUAAAUUAAAACAAAAAACGGCCCUUUUCAGGGCCAAACAAAUUUUUCAAAACGUAAAAUACUCUUCGAGAUUAUUUGAAUUCAGUUUAAGUUAUCGAUAACCCGCAAUAUUCCUCUCUUUAAUCCUUAACAAUUACAUUUAGUAAAUAAGUUUAUUUAACAUUAUGAUAUCCUCUACAUAAAUUUUGAUAAUUUUACUCAAUUCCUUAGACAAAUGACCAAGUUUCUUUUGAUACUUCAGAUUUUUAAUGAUGAUCAUAUUAAUUGAGCAACAAUAUUGUUAAUGUAGCUUUAAAUUCUCAUCUCGCUCCAUAUUUCCGGUUUGAUUAUUUAAAAUAAAUGUUUUAAAAAUGACAAGUAAUUUUAUAAAAAAUAAUGGGUUUGCUUCUGUAAAUUUGAAAAUGUCAA